GUCCAUGUACGUAUACAUCAAACAUCCCGAGAGGUUCUGCAGGGACGUUAUGGAGGGUAUGCAAAUCAGUGAAUGUUCGCGACGCUACCUACCGCGCUCCCCUCCAGAAAGCUAGUGGUGUGCACUGGGACAAACUAAAGCAGCGACAGAAAUGCGAGCGCACAGGCACCCCCCACUAAAAACACAAAACGAACGGUACGCAGUGUGUGAAGGUAUGUAUGUAUUGGACAUCGGUGGGCAAAACUGUACACGCACCACCAGCCAGGUACCAACAGCUCCCUUGAGCACAAAACUGUCUCUGCGCAAUUCAUCAUCAUAUCGUCCAUCUUUCACACAACUAUGUACAGCAGCAGGGCACACAACGCAUCACAGACUACACACACCUUCACGAUGUAGAAUCAGAUCAGAGCAGAUCAAUCAGAUGAGCCUCGCCCGGACAAUUUCUUUGGGCGUCUGCCAUACCCAGUCCUCCACCCGCGUCUCGGCCAGCCGCCUCGCGGCGGCUUCUCGUCGCCUGACCACCAGCCAGAAGGCGGCGAAGCACACACUGGCCACGAACAUGCAGGCGCUUGCCGCACCGAACGUCGGUCGAUAGCUGCCCAUCGCGUCGGCCAGAAAACCCAUCAGAGGGGGCCCAAUCAGCGUCGCCGUGCCGUAGCUGCUCUGAAGCACCCCAAGAGUGAUGGGAAACAGCUGCGCGCCGUAUCUGUCCGCCAGGAUGUUGGGACACAUGGCCAUGAGAGAACCGCUGACGACUCCAAACAGCACCGAGAACAGCAUCAGGUGUGUGAGGGACGAGGCGAUCGACAGCAAAGCGAUGGCCACGGCCAUCACCAAUGAGCAGACGACCAGCAGCGGAGUGCGGCCCAUCAGGCGGUCGGCAACGAGACCCAACAGAGGGCGAGCAAUGGUCCCAGCCGCACCAUAGGCCGUCACAGUCCAAGCAGAGGAUGACGCCGAGAGGCUGAGCGUCAUCUGUCCGAAUGAGGGCCAGUAUAAGAGAGUCGGGAAGAAGGCCAGGGAGCCGAAAAACACUCCCAUGUAGAGGAUCGCGAAUGGUGCGUCACAACACUCCGGAAGACAGGAAAGCAAAGUCCUCUGUCGUGCCAGCCGCUGGCUCUCGAUAUCGUCCCCGCUGGUCCAGAUGAUGGCGUCGUCAGAGAGGGCCCGGUAUAGCUCCUCUCCCUCGACGCCGUCGCGGGUGGAUGACGACGUGUUGUCGUCGAUGUCACUCUCGUGGUCCUUGUCAGAGGGAAGCCGCAGGAAGAGUGAAGCCAGCAGGAGCAUUGAACCGCAUGCGAGGGCCUGUGCUGUGAAUGUGAUCCGCCAGCCGCCCGUCUGUAGCAGCCAGUCGAGCACGGGGGCGAGGACGAGGGCUCCGAUGUUGUUGCCAGAUGACACAAUGCCUGCAUAUGUAGAGAUGCAUGUGUGUCGGGUGGUGCAUUUGUGUUGCGUCCUCACCGAAUGCUGUCGCCCUGUGUCUGUGGUAGUAAUGGGAAAUGAUAGAGGUGGCAGGGCUGAGAGAACAACAACAGCAGAUAACAUCCAAUACGUACACCGAUCUCCGUGGGGCAGACCCACGAUGUGCUGCUUACAUGUAGACCAUGCCUAGCCCAAAGCCUGUCAUCAACCCAUACGUGAGGCACAGCUGCAGCAGUCCUCUGGCGUAAGAGGCAAGGAACAGGCCAGAGGCCGCGAUUAUGCUGCCAACCACGGCCGUCCUGACGCAGACAGCGACACACACAAACAGCAAUCUGGCGAUGUGAGCAGCUCAAGGCGCCCUGCUUGCUACUGCGUACCUUCUGAAGCCCCAGUAUCUGUGGACGAGUGCUCCAUGCAGGACGGAGAAGAUGAGAAACGACGAAUCCCUCACUGCAAAGAUUAUCGAAGUCGCUCCCUUGUUCCCAUCGAAUUCGUCAAGCAAGUAAGGCAGGAAAACUCCCAAAGUGCUGCAAACACACAAACAAUCAGAUUGUCUGUGCCGUCAGAGUGACUGUGCCUUGGGUUGCUCACCUGAGUGUCCCGAUAGCCCAGAAGCCCACCACCCAACUCGCCAAGACAACCCACCAGUGACGCCAAGAGUCCAUCUCAAC